AUUACACGUAUUAUCUGUGCAAUAUCGAUAUAAACAGGAAACGCACGUAAAGUAACAUACCGCCAUUAUAUGUGAAGCAUCACGCGUUGUGAUUUAUUACCUUUAGUAAGCCAAUGUCGGGCCCUUUAUUACAGAUGUAGCUAUGGACGUAGGCCUAGGGCUAGGCUCUAUCGACUAUAGCUGGAAGUAAUCUCGUUCUUUCACUGCACAUGAUCACUUGAUAUGCCAAGGAAUAUUGUUACACGAUCAGCAUUGACUCGACUGUACCAGAGCUUGCUCAACGCAGAAUUCUGAAUUCACGAUACAUUGGACCUGUAUCAAGAAAAAUGGCCUCUGCAACGCAACACUUGCUGAGUGAUGUGACAGAGAGUUUACAAUGUCCAAUCUGCAAGGAUAUCCUCACAAGACCUAAGCUUCUGCCUUGCUCCCACACAUUCUGCGAAGACUGUUUAAUCCAACUGCACUCCAUUCAAUCACUUGGAGAUCGAAUAACAUGUGCGGUGUGUCGCUCUGUUGCUCAUCUGUCUGACAACACUGUUUCCAACUUUCCAACCAAUCAAAUAGUUCACAGCCUUGCAGAAGAUUUCAAGGAAAGAUCGGACCGGAAGUGUACAACAGAUACAACAGAUGGUAAUCCCUCUGACCAGUGGUGCACUCUAUGUCACCCUGAUUGGCGCAACUUUGCGACACUCUACUGUCAGCAUUGCUCAGAAUUCCUGUGCAGUUCUUGUCUUGACCAGCACAAGAGGUUUAGACAGAAUGCAUUUCAUGAGCUUGUUAGUGCAAGUGAGAUUGCAUCUGGGGAAAUCAGAAAACAGCUUGCAUGUCUGACGCAUCCUCAAGAAUUGCAGCAGUUUGUGUGUAUCACAUGUCUUGUUCACAUCUGCUGUAGAUGCCUAGAAAUGGGACAUCAACCUGAUAAACAUGAGGUGAUUGGAAUUGCAGAAUAUGAAGAAAGCCACAAAGCAGCAGUUGAACUCUUGCAGGAAAAAAUAGAACAGAAGACUGCAGUGAUUCAGAGCCACUCUUCCUUUGUGCAGGAGCAGAUUAGCGCGGUACAAAAUACAAUCGGACAACAAAAGCAAGAAAUCGAAAAAGCAUGUGAGGAUGCGUUCGAGCGAAUCCGACGAAGGAAACAACAGCUCCUUGAAGAGUGUAACCUCUAUGAGAGAUCACUCAUCCAAGACCUGGAAAACAUUAUCGAGUGUCAUAAUGGAUUCCUUGAGGACUUGACAGCAAAGGCUUCUGUAGUUACAGAAGAGUCCACUGUGCAAUGUGAGGACCAGUCGUUAACCGAGCGGGCAGCAAGGGUUGAUGAACUUGAAGCUGUUGUGAAUGGUGACCCUGAUGCAUCUCUUCCUGAAGCUAUCGCUCGCCGGGCUGAAUUCUUGACCUUCCAACAAGCUGCUGAGUCCGAUGGUCUGAAUCUUGGAAGCGUUCAUGUCAAGGAGUGGGAACUUCAAGAAACAGUUAGUUUUGAUGGAGGUUUGGCCUGUUCCACUGCGACGCCUGACGGCCAGUUGGCUAUUGCAACUCGGGAUGGACACAUCAAGUUCUUCUCAACUGAGGGACAAAUGCUUCAGACUCAAGCCAUGGAUGGUGUUCGCGGAUUGGGCUACUUGAUGGAUGGCAGUUGCAUUGUCCGCCAGAUGAAUAACAAAGUCACACGAUACUCCUUACAGUGGGAGGAACUCGAUGGGCAAUUUGAAACGCUGAGCAGAGAUGAAAAUGGAAUUGGUCGGAUCUCGGUAGACAACCUUGAUCACAUCUAUGUUGACUACAGGAAGAGCAGGAUUAUACAGGUGUUCUCUCCAGAAGGUGUGAAGGUGAAGGAGAUACCAUGUGAUGGGUAUGAACCAUGGAGCAUAUCAGUGAUUAGGUUUGGCAGUGAACUCUUGGCUCUGACUCACAGCAACUCGAUUAGCAUCAUUGAUGAAGAGGGUGAAAAGAGACAUACUCUCACCAAGGAAGUAGGUACCCAUAUCCACCCUUCUGUGUGCAAAGAUGGAACCAUACUCCUGGCCUUCAUGAACCACAGCAAGGCAUCCCUGACUAUUGAACAGUAUACAAAUGAGCUGGAGUACAUCCAGACACUUGUUGCUGAUCAGAAAAUGGAGUUAACAGAUGACAAAUGGUGUUUCUUGCAAGAAGUUACCGGUGGGAAGGUUGUUCUUUGCACAUCAGAGAAACUCUAUUUUUAUAGCAAACUUACCUAACUGCAUAUUCAUUCUAAUGAGGAUGAUCAAUAUCUAGGCCACUUUUCAUAGCAAGCUUCAUUAUUUAGUUUGAUUGGUAUUUUUGUUUGUAUUAUGUCAGGAUAUGCUAAGGGGAAUAUUGGGUCUCAAGUAAUUUUCUUUGUGAAAUUGACUUUUUCUUUUAAAAGCAGCUCGCAAUUUUUCUAAAUUCUGUAUAUAUCUCAUUGAUGGGCCUAUCCAUGGUGGAUAGCAAGCUAAGGGAUGGAGAAAUUUUGAUGCUCCUUUUAUUUUAUUUGUUGCAGAGGAUAUACACAUCUGUGAAAUUUAGACACUUCUUUCGCUUGUCAUUUAUCUGAUGACGCUGUUUUUCUUUAUCACAAAAACAAUUAUUCCUUUACUUGUGUAAGAAACCCACUUUGGUGUGGCUUUGAUUAUAGUCAUUUAAAGGGCAAGUCCUUCCUAGCCAUAAGUUCAUUUGAAUGAAGGAACUAAAAAAAAUAAAACUAGCAUAACGCUGAAAGUUUCAUCAAAUUGCAUGUGAAAGAAGAAAUUUAUGACGCUUUAAUAUUUUGCAUCAUUCCAUACAACAGUUAUUUGCCUAUCCCAGUCGGUAUGCAAAUGAGAGAAGCGAUUAUUAUGCCAAAUGCAAAAUAUCUUAUUUUCCCCUCUUAAUAAUGUUUAACAAGGUUUGAUUUUUCAUGACAAUGUUUGGUUGCCUUUGUAACCUGUUGCAAUCCAUAAAGAUGAUUCCUUGUUAAAUCUGCAGAAAAUUAAAUGUUCUAUAUUCGAUGUAAUAACAUAAACAAGUGGAACACCUCUGGCAGUCUCGCCUGCAUUACGCAAUUUGAUAUAGCAGCAGUGUUUCCUUUGAAAACAGCUAAUGAAUAAUAAUUCACAGAAGAAAACACUAAUAUGAUAAUAAAAUAUUAUGUCCAUUGACCCAAAAUUAUCUUUGACCAUGAUCAUGUGACAUAAGACAUGUGCAAAAACAAUCAUUCAUACAUGUACAUGUACUUGAUUACCCUUAUGUCGAUGUUUCAUGAGCUAGAUCAAUAAACCGUUAUGAUGCCAAUUCAACACCAACACGGCCAGAGUUCAUUGACCUUUAAAUAACCUUUGAUCUUGGCCAUGUUCCUGACAUGCACACAGGGUAUUCAGGGAUACAUUGCUGCUCUUAUAUCCAAGUUUCAUGAACUAGAUCCAUUAAUAGACUUUUAAAGUUAUGAUGACAAUUCCACAAAUACCCCCAACAUUACCAAAGUUUGUGGACCCUAAAUCACCUUUGACCUUGGUCAUGUGACCUGAAACUAGCACAGGAUGAUCAAGGAUACUUGAUUGCUCUUAUGUCCAAGUUUCAUGAAGUAGAUCCAUAAACUUUUAAAGUUAUGAUGAUAAUUCCUAAAAAACCCAAACAUUACCAAAGUUUGUUGACCCUAAGUGACCUUUGACCUUGAUCAUGUGACUUGAAACUCGCACAUGAUAUUUAGGGAUACAUGGUUGCUCUUAUGUUCAAGUUUCAUGAACUAGAUCCAUAAACUUUUAAAGUUAUGAUGACAAUUCCUCAAAUAACCCCAACAUGGCCAAAGUUCGUUGACCCUAAAUGACCUUUGACCUUGGUCAUGUGACCUGAAACUCUGGCAGGAUCUUCAGUGAUAUACUAUUACCCUUAUGUCUAAGUUUUAUGAACUAGGUUCAUGUACUUACUAAGUUAUGACAACAUAUAAAAAACUUAACCUUGGUUAAGAUUUUGAUAUUGAUUCCCCC